AUGCCCUUCGACGGGUUCCUAUUUGCUAGUCGUGUCAUGGUUGCGAAGGAGGCGCACACGAGCUCGUCAGUCAAAGACUUGAUCGUUGCGGCGAAGGGUGUUGACGAUGCGCAGUGGGAGGGCACUUACGCUAAGGAGACUGGCGGCAUCCUGACCGUCCGCUCAGAGCUUGGUGAGCCCAUCCACAAGAUCGCCAACCGUGCCGUCAAGCUCUGGAAGGAGUUCGAUAACACCGUCUUCAACCUUCCGAAGGAGAAGCGUGCAGCGUGGCUUGUGGAACAUCGGUCAGAGGUCAUCGCGAAGUUGAACAAGGAUUUCUCGAAGCCAUGGUUCGGAUGGAAGAAGGACGGAAGUGUCACCGAAGACAUCACUGACAUGACCUACGAGGAGGUCGCUAUGCGCAUGGUGUGGUUGAUGUACGUCGCGAAGGAAGAACGCUGGGUGGACCUGUCGUUGAGGAACCUCACUGGCGACUGGUUGCGCCGUGUCGAGGAGCACUUCGCCGGUGUGAACGGUGGCGGCGAGAAGUCGUCCAUUUUGCAGUCCUUCAAUUCUCUUGACAAGCCCCAAGCUGUUAUUGAGGAGUUCUUCAAGACAUAUCCUUUGGCCACUGAGCAGCUCCUCGCUUCUGAGGACAAGGCCUACUUCCUCACCAUUGUGCAGAGACCCGGACAGAAGCCGGUGCCGUUCAUCCCUGUCCUUGACGCUAGCUUCGAGGUCUGGUUCAAGAAGGAUUCUCUCUGGGCAGCUGAAGACAUCGAGGCUGUUUUCGAUCAAGAUCCGCAGCGUGUCUGCAUCCUCCAGGGUCCCGUGGCCGUCAAGCACUCUAAGGCGAAGGACGAGCCCAUCAAGGAGAUGCUCGACAACAUCACCUUGCUACUGGUCAAGAAGCUCAUUGAUCGGUUGUACGGCAGCGACAUCAGCAAGAUCCCCACCGUCGAUUAUCUGAGCCCCGGUCCUUCGGCACUCGCAACCCCUCUCCACGUCGAGCGCAGCGUCUCCCGGAAUACCAUCACGUACAAGCUUGGUCAAAUUCUCCCGGAGACAUCAUCGUGGUUGGAGACCCUCGCUGGUCCCGAGCUCUGCUGGGUGAGGGCGCUCCUCAUGUCGCCCACCGUUGUGCAGGGUGUGUUAUACAUAGACAACCCCAUCCGCUGCUUGUUCGCUCCUCACCAAGGGCAGAAGGUCGUCAUCGAGACCGAUGGUGUCUCCCCCAUUGGCAUCUCUGUGUAUGGCGCAGCCCGAUCGUACGGCGCGCACAAGAGCGAUUUCAAGGCCGUGGACGUCAAGUACAAUACUUAUUCUCGCACCAUCAAUUUCACAGUGUACGAAGACUGCCGCGACGUCGCAAUUCCUCUCAAGCUCCAGUUCGUCCACAAGCCUUCGAUGGGCUUCGCGCUGAUUCACGAGGUCACCACGGACCGCAACCACCGCAUCAAGGAGUUUUACUGGAAGUUAUGGCUGGGCCCCGAGGAGAACCUCCCGGAGAUCGACCUUCACGCGACAUUCACUAGCCCAGAGGUCACCAUGGAUGCGGACAAAAUCGAGGUGUUCUGCAGUGUCAUUGGCAACGACGGUGAGGCUUUCAAGACCGUCAGGGCUGAAAAUGUCCAAGCUCCUAUGGAUUUCGCAAUUGUGACUGGUUGGCAGGCGAUCAUCAAAGUGAUCUUCCCUUCGACCAUUGACGGUGAUCUCCUCACGCUCGUCCAUCUGUCGAAUGGCUUCCGUCUUGUAGACGAUGCUAAGCCUCUUCAGGCGAGCGAUGUCUGCAAGAUCGAGGCUCGCAUUGUCUCCGUUAUCAACAGUGAUGCCGGGAAGACCGUCCGAGUCUUAAAGGCUUCGUUAUCAGAGAUGGCAAGCCCAUCAUCGAGGUUGUGUCUGCUUUCCUAUACCGUGGUCGCUAUUCCGGAUAUGACAACACGUUCGAGCUUCUCGAGGCUCCGUAUUACUCUGUAG